AUGUCUUUGGUGUUAAAGCGGCUGGAAUUGAGGAGGAAACACCUCAAAGCUGCUUGCCACAUGCUGGGGCUGGACAAACCCUCCAACGACAGUCUGCAUAGUCCAAACCCUUGGGAGUAUUUAGUCGAUCACCGACACCACAUGGUUUGGUGCAACGUCUUUAAGGCCGCCAGCACUUCCUGGAUGUAUAAUUUCAACAUUUUAGCCGGGUAUACUCCAGAGUAUCUUCGCGGCAGUCGAACACCGCCUUUAACCUUAGCCAGGCAGAAAUACGGCCGUCCAACUUUAGAAUCUUUACAAGACGCUUUGAAAGAUGAAAAGUCCGUGUCUUUUUUGAUAGUGCGCCAUCCUUUGGAGCGCCUACUUUCGGCCUAUAGGGAUAAGAUUCAGCAUGCGGUUUCCGGAUCGUAUCACUUCAAGUUGGGCAGGGAAAUCAUCAAAAAAUAUAGAAAAAAGAUAAUUGCUCAUACGGAAACUCUGGAAGACGAUCAAGACUACAUUAUAAAGCGCGCCGGCCUAGGGGAAGUGAUUAAACCGGAAUGGAAGAAUGCGGGCAAAGGAUCCACUACCGCUCAUAUAUCUAGCCACUAUUCUCAGCUUUCUAGAUCGCAGAUUUUACAACUGUACCACAUCUAUAGAUUUGACUUUGAACUUUUCAACUACUCGCUAAAUGGUUACUUAGAGGUAGGGCAGCCCGACGAAGAUCCGUCGGACAUUUUAGCAGCAAUAAACAUGAAAGACAACAAACCCAAUUCGAUUCCACAUGUUUAUUGA